CCCGAACUGAACCGUCGUAGGAUUGUCGUUCACCUUGGCGAUUUACCCGUUCGGUGAACAAACUCACCUUGUUCAUCUUGCUCACCUGUCAAUCACAGUUGCAACUUUGCAACUUCCGAACAAAAUACAACAACCAUAUUUCCCCAUUAUUUACCACCCAUAGAGAUAAUCCUGGUCUACCGUGCCCACUCCCCUUGCCGCCGCAUUUACGCCUCACAAGUGCUCCCAUCACCACCUUCAUUUUAGCCAGCAAUCAAUCAUCAACUCUCCGAAAUCCAACCAACAACAAGAAACAUGUCAUUCCGCCCACGCCCACGAUUCCUCAACCUCGGAGUCGGCCGUCCGCGUUUCGGGCCGCCUCGGAGUCGGACAAACGAGCUCCUCUUCUCACAGCUCACAUCAAUGAUACCAACAACAACUACUAUCCAGUCCUCAUUCACAACAAAGUCGCGCUUAUCAACAACCUCAACACCUCUAUCUCCCGGCGGCCCCCGUCGUUGCUCUCACCAGUAUCAGCAUCAACACCACCACUGCGGCCCACGAUCACGGUCACACAACUACAGCAACCGCUCCUGGCAAAAACAACAACAACAACAUCAACAAACCCGCCACAACAGCACCAAUCCCAACUCCCACCAAAACCCCAACCCCAACUCCAACCCCAACAAAAACACCGAAAGAAUAGACCGCCUCCUCACCCGCCUCCCCCGCUUCCUCCACCCCUACCUCUCCUCCCUACGCUCCUCCCCCUCUUCCUUCAUAGUAGCCUUCCUAAUCCUACACGAAAUCACCGCCGUCAUUCCCGGUUUGGGCUUCUUUUACUUUUUUCACUAUUACGACACUGACACCGACACUGACACUGACACUGACGACGACGACACUGACAAACCAUCGUCGUCGUCGUCGUAUGGAAAAAGGGUGACGGAUUGGGUGAUGGGGUGGAUGGUGGAGCAUGGAUACUCGGAGGUGAUGAUGGGAAAGAUGGAGGGGUUUGAGAGGUGGUUUAAAAGAAAAAAGUAUUUUGGGUUUGGUGGGAACGAGGGGGAGGGGGAGGGGUUGAGUGCGGUGGUGGUGGGGGGAGAGGAUGGGACGAAGAGUGAGGGUGUGAGUGCUGGAGGAGGAGGAGGAGAAGAAGAAGGAAAGGAGCAGGUUUUGAUGAAAAAGUGGCAGAGUGGGGAUGAAAAGUAUAGAGUCUUGGUGGACGCUGCGCUGGCGUAUGCGAUUACCAAGGCGUUGUUGCCAUUGAGGAUCAUUGUGAGCGUGCAGGCUACGCCGUGGUUUGCGGGCGUGUUGGGGAGGGUGAGGAGGGUUUUUGGUGGUGGGUUGAGGAAGUAAACCAGGGUACAUAUAAGAUGUUGGACGUGGUUCAGGGACAUGAUGGUUUCUAGCUCGGUGGGAGGAUGGCGAUGAGACAGGA